GAUUUUAUUUCCAGCUCUAAACCACAGAAAUAAAGCGUAAUAUUUUUUAAACUCGAAAUUUACAAAGCACCGGCGGCCAUGAACGAAUCGGUACGCUACGACCGGUGCCAGGUGGUCCAACUGGACGUCCUGGGCGAGUCGCAGGUGUCCUCUUCCGCGGAGGAGGAGCAGCCGGCCCAACCAAUCCAGCCCCAAGGAAUUGGCAACAACCUUUUCACCCACGACGGAGUCCUUCUGAAGAAGGCCAGUGCGGAGCACAUCUCGGACCUAAACACCAGUGGAGCCUUGAGCUUGGUGGAGUACUCCCUACCACGGAGAAAAUUGUUCCUCGAAUGGCAGCCAAACGAUUCAAUUAUAAUAGCUGACAAUAGUCAGGAUCAGGGCGACUGGGCGCUGGUGGACAGAAUUUCCGGCCGAACUCGAACAACCUCCGAAUGUCGAGCUUUCAAUACGAAACCCAUCGAACCUAGUGGCGCGGGUGCAGCUCGUGCCCGGAUAAUGCGCACCCCACUUGAAGAUUUGGCCACCGUGGAGGUUCGCCACCGCGGCCAGACAUUACGAUUUAUGCGUAAAGGAGCCGGAGGCCUUCACAGCGAGUUCUUCUUCCAGCACGGCAAUGCGGAUCGCUUCGUUCGCGCCAUGCGCGACCAGCACUUCAUUGAAAGUUUGGAAAGUAAUCGUGGCGGCGAAGAGUACACCUUCCUGACCAAUGAGAACCAGAAAUUGAAGAAGACGUUCGCCGAAUUGGAUAUUGGAGAGAUAAAGUCCAGCCCAUCCCCACGAGAAAGCUGGCUGCCCAACAAGCUGGCUGGAUUUCUGGGUAACAUACCAGACUAUGUACAACCGCCGUUUCAGCGAUCGCCCAAAUCCAGGCCGGGGGCUCUGAUAUCGGGGGACCGGCAAACUUCUCCGGAUAACUACCAAAUAAUUGGCCUAAGCGGCAGCACCAACAGCGCUUGCUCUUCCAAUGGCCAGAGUCGGGGUGGCAGCGCGGAUAAAUCUCCGGGGGAUAGCGAACUGGAGAACCUCAAUUCCCAGGACGAGAAAAUAGUUAACAACUUGCCCGAUCGGCAAAGAGUGGAGCGAGGUCUUCCUCUCACGGAAACGCAGUGGCUGGAGUUCCAAACGCCAGACGGCCGGAUCUCGGACAGUGCUCGCAUCAAGGAGUUAGUUUUUCGUGGUGGCAUCGUUCACAGCCUGCGGUCCGAGGUCUGGAAGUACCUGCUCAAUUACUACAAGUGGUCGGACACUGAUGUGGAGCGGAUCGACCGACGUAAGCAAAAGUCCAUCGAAUACUACAACAUGAAGGCCCAGUGGCUAGCCAUGACAACCGCCCAGGAGUCGAACUUUAGCGGAUACCGCGAGCGCAAGUGCCAAAUCGAAAAGGAUGUAAAGCGUACGGAUCGCUCGCUUCCGUUUUUUGCCGGAGAGGAUAAUCCGAAUAUCGCCCUGCUGCAGGGCAUCCUUAUGACGUACGUGAUGUACAACUUCGACCUUGGCUAUGUCCAGGGCAUGUCGGAUCUGUUGGCUCCGAUUUUGGAGGUCCAGGUAAACGAGGUGGAUGCCUUCUGGUGUUUCGUGGGCUUCAUGGAACUGGUGUUCACCAACUUCGACAUGGACCAAGCUGGAAUGAAGACACAGUUCGCCCAGAUACGUCGCUUGAUUGAGUUCGCCAAUGCUCCGCUGUUCAACUACAUGCGUUCCCACGACUCGGACAACAUGUACUUCUGUUUCCGAUGGCUCCUGGUCUGGUACAAGCGGGAGCUUAACAAUGACGAUGUUCUGAAGGUGUGGGAGUGCCUGUGGACCCGCCUUCCAUGCCCCAACUUCCACCUGCUGUUCUCGGUGGCCAUUCUAGACCAGGAGACCAGCAUCAUCAUCGAAAGCCAGUACGAAUUCACUGAGAUUUUGAAGCACGUAAACGAACUGUCUGGAAACAUAGACGUGCAGAAGACUCUGGAGAUUGCCGAGGCUAUUUACCUGCAACUUAAGGCUUCGGAAACGCUGCCAAACGAUAUACGCUCCAUUAUUGGAGAGCCACUACUACCAGCAGCUGCUGGCGAGGAAGUCGACGGUCUUAUGGAGAACGAGGAACAGGCCUACUCAGACGACGGCUUCGACGAGCUGGUGAAGGAGCUUACUCCCGAGGAAAAAAAACGCCAGCAAGCUCUUCUCGAAGAAGCCUGUGAGCAAUCGUUAUUCCUGCAGUUCCUCUAGAGUUUAUAUUCACAAGGAAUACUGGAGGAAAGCAAGCCAAAAGCCCUUAGCAAAGCAUGCGCAAACUACACUGCCCUUUAAGGAUUUUAUUCAUAACAAAAAAGGACAAUUGGAGAUUCUACCAGUAACAAUUUAAUAUCCUUUUCUGUUUAAAACAAAGGAAUGGCAACUAAAAGCAUUAAUCUUAUGUAAAACCUCUGAUUGUCCUUGUAAAAUAAUAUGGGCAGUGUUUUCUUAGACUCUAAGACUCAAAGUUUACUAACGCAUCGAUGCGAAGCGAGUUAAGUGCUUUAACUGCAGAUUUAUAUAUUGUAUAUUAUACAUAUUUGUACGUUUUUGUAUUUAUUGUAAGUUCUGUCAUACCCCAAAAGUACCCCAUUCCCGCAUAUCAACCCCAUUCAUAUUCCUUAUCAUACCAAAACAAAGUUUCCCAUUAAUUAGGAUUUAACACUAUCGAGCCCGUUCGUAAUUCGGAAUUUAAGGUAUAUCCCCUUUUUUUGGUUUUCUCAAAUUCCACACGCACAGCUCUUGUUGUCUUUUUCUAAGUUUACUCAAUUACUGUGAAUAUACAUCGAUAUACAAGUACAUUCAAAAUGCGUAGUAAAAAAUAUCUAAAUACAACAUCAGAAUGCACACGAAA